AUGGAUGCAAAGCCCCAGAGAAUUCGCGUCCGUGGCGACGAGAAUGGCCCCUUCCCUCUCGCUGCCGGCAAAACCCUUCACCAGAAAAACAAAUCCACUCCCGCCUUAUCCACCAUGUUCCAAAACGGCGCUAAUAAGAACGCCUCCAAGCGAGCUGCGUUUGGCGAUGUCAGCAACACUGCCAAACCCGUUCAUGCGGGCCGCGAUGACAUCUCACUGGCGGGCAAAAAGCAGACCAAGGGAGCGGAGAAAGCGGCGCUGAUCAUCGAAAAGAAGCCCAGUGUUCUGUCGCAGCCAGCUCAGCGGCCCAUGUCGAUGGCUGGCAUGAAGGGCCUCUUGAACAAUGUCCCUAAUUCGAAACCCAUCGAGCCUUCCAAGCAGAUAGCCAUGCAGCAGCAGGCUGCCAAUACCAGAAAGACCUUGAACAAGCGAGCCACAGUGUUCAAGGACGCAUCGGAGCCAUUGACCCAAAAAAGCGAACAUACAUCCAAGGAAACCAACAUUGAAUCAAAAGAGGGGAACAACAGGGGCUCUCUGUCACAGAGUUCCGCCGCGACUGCGAAACAAACCACCGUAAAGGAGGAAGCUACACAGCAUCUGGAGGAGACUGAAGAGUCUUCUAUUGUGGACUCGGAAGUCGAUGAGGGAGAGAAGGAUCUACCGAAGGUCGACGAUGACCAUUGUAAAGUUCAGGAUCGUAAAGAGGAAUCCAAGACCCGCGAGCUUCCCGCAACGGCUGAGGUCACUGAACCCAGCCGCGUCGCGAAGCCUCAUCGCGACUCUGCAUCGGGCUCUCACGCGCCGGUUCAGUCGGAGCCGGAAGAGUACUGGGAUGAGGAGGACGACAAUGAAGAAGACGAUGGGUAUAUCACUGCUCGCUCCUACCGCUCUCGUGGCGACAACACCACGGGGGGUGCCACCACAGUCCUUUUCCCGAAAUUCAACCAGCAGGUGAGGCGUGAACUGGCUCUGGCGAAGCAGGUUGUGGAGGCUACGCGAACAGAUGAAGAUAUCGAAGAUGAAUUUUGGGAUACCAGCAUGGUUGCCGAAUACAGUGAGGAGAUCUUCGAGUACAUGAGAGAACAGGAGAUCAAGAUGCUGCCCAAUGCCCAUUACAUGGAUAACCAAGCCGAAAUCCAGUGGUCCAUGCGGUCGGUGCUCAUGGACUGGGUGGUGCAGGUCCACCAUCGGUUCUCGUUGCUCCCAGAGACCCUCUUUCUGUGCGUCAACUAUAUCGACCGCUUUCUGUCUUGCAAGAUUGUCUCUCUUGGCAAGCUUCAGCUUGUGGGCGCCACUGCCAUCUUCAUCGCCGCCAAGUAUGAGGAGAUCAACUGCCCGUCCGUGCAGGAGAUCGUCUACAUGGUUGAUGGAGGCUAUAGUAUCGAUGAGAUUCUCAAGGCAGAGAGGUUCAUGCUGAGUAUGUUGCAAUUCGAGCUGGGGUGGCCGGGUCCCAUGAGCUUCUUGCGGAGGAUCAGCAAGGCUGACGACUACGACCUGGAGACUCGCACUCUUGCCAAGUACUUUUUGGAGAUCACCAUUAUGGAUGAGCGCUUUGUCGGAAGCCCGGCGAGCUUUGUUGCUGCUGGCGCCCACUGCCUGGCUAGGCUGAUGCUGCGAAAGGGCAACUGGACCCCCGCGCACGUUCACUAUGCUGGGUACACUUACAAUCAGCUUCUGCCGCUUAUCUCCCUCAUGCUCGAAUGCUGCGAAAUCCCGCGCAAACACCACGCUUCCAUUUACGAGAAGUACUCGGACAAACGCUACAAACGUGCUUCCCUCUUCGUCGAAAACGAGAUGCGAAGAGGAUUUGCGCCGCCAGAGCCCACCAGGGACAAUGCCUCGUCUCUUGAACCGGCACAGUACUGGAAGCGCCAAUAG